GCCCUUAGCCCUAAGAGGCAUGGAAGAGAAGAUUAACAGUGGCGAUGGCGAGGAGAAGCGCAGGGCUGCGUUCAAGCACAAGACGGGCGGCCAGGGAUGGGCCAAGCGAGUGCUUGUGGGAUCAUCAGCAGCAACCGGGAUUGGGGCGACCAUCGGUUUGAUCGGAGGCGCGGCCAAAGGGCAUCCGGUGAGAGCGUUCGCGCUGCCAGUGACGAUUAAUUUCGCGAUUGCUGGAUCUUUCCUCUCUGGCAUGACAGAGGUGACUCGAGCGAUGCUUCGGACGGAGCCCGGCUCGUAUACAAACACGAUUGGAGGGGGAAUGAUCAGCGGGAUUGUUCUUGCCCGACUGCAAGGCAUUGCUGCGAGUCCAUUUUCAAUGGGGCUUUUAUUUGCUGCGGUUGGAACCGGCUGCCAGUUUGCUGCGAAUCAGUGGGACGAGUACAGGCUGAAGAAGUUCGUGGAUACUCUUCCAGAUGAUGCGUUCCCGGAGGAGUUUCGCGAGACGAGGAAAGAGAUGGUGGAGGAGGCAAACAAGGAGAGGUCAUGGCCGUCGUGGUUGCCAUUCAGGAAGCUCAGCGAGGAGGAAUUCCAGCACAAGGCCGAGCUUGCGCGAAGGAUGAAACAAGAAAGAGGGAGUGUAGACGAAUGACAGGCUUGUUUUCUCUCCUCUAGGAAUAGAGCUUUGUCGCAGAUCGAUUGAGCUCGAACGAAAGAAUAUGACGAGUGUCUAGUGAAUAUGCCUCUA